AUGAGGAAUGCACGUCUUAAAGAAAGGAGAAAGAUCAAACGAGAGAAAGAUUCGAAUGAGAAUGUGACCAAUGCGCCGCCACCCUCUGGAAUCCAUAUCAUUAGAGGACGAGUUCAACCUAUCGACUUAUUUCCUGAGAUCACCGCGGACCUUAUCCUACGAGUCAAUAAGUACAAGGGUCUUGUCAAAGCUCAUGAAGAAAACCCACGCAAACAUGCCAAACCACCGAAAAAGCAAAUUUUCCCCCGUAAUCCCACCAAUGAGGAAAAUGCAGCAGCAUUGAAAAAAGUCCGAGACACAUUCGCCCAAGUCAAUUACGGAUACACUAAGAUAUACGAUGAGACAACCAAUCAACUUGUUGCAAUGGUGCACUAUCUUCCGCUUAAGACCAUGGAUCAACAGCGACUUGAAGACCUCAACUUCCUGUGUCUGUACCUUCACCGGUGCAAGGAAUUCAUCUCCCGUGUGGCCUCAAAAAAUCGGACCUGUGGUGGUGUGAUGUGGGCCAUCGGCUGGCGCAAAGGAUACGAUGGUCUUGAGAUCCUUGGGAGAUACCGCUGCCAAAAAUCCAUCGACAAGAACCCACAAGGGUAUGAAGAUCUCAUGUCAGACUCAUCAAGAGCAGGUGAGAUAUUAUGGGAUAUUUUUCAUGGUUUUGGGAAUGUCGCGGUGGAGAAAAAUAAAGCGCAUAUGGACUCUUACGGAAUACCUUCGAUUGCCGAUAACAACUUCCCUAAAAAUCCCAACGACAAGUCUCCUUUUGGCUUUGCUUCCAAUUUAGCCUUCUCGUCACAUGGGUUUUACAAUCAUGCUCACAAAGACAAAGGUGAUUUGACCGAGCUGCCCUUGGCCUUUGCAAUGAUUGUUCCUACUUUCAAAAAAACAGGCAAGAUCGCAUUUGCUUCCGAUGGUUACAAUGUUCAGAAUGGCCAGUUUAUCUUCCGUGAUAUUAAAGCAUGUCAUUACAAGUCGCCACUCGAACAAGCAAUGCCUGCAAAAAUUAUUUAG